AUGGAGAUCUCCGAGGAGCAGAACCACGUCUUAGGAACGUUCAACCUGGACAAGGGCCCCUGUCUGGGACGAGGCGGCUCUGCUCAAGUUGUUCUGGCCUCCAACAGGAAGGACCCCUCUGCGAAAGUUGCUGUGAAGAUCAUCUCUUUCGAGAGCGGAAAGCAAGCGAUGGUGGACCAGUUUCACGACGAGGUGUCUGCCCUACGAUGCCUCAGCCACGACCGCGUCAUGUCUCUCGUGACGUAUGCUUCCACCCCUCGCCAAGGCUUCAUCGUCCUGAAGUAUUACCCUCACGGUACGGUAGACAAGUCUUUCCCCGUGGAGUCUUCGGUGGCUCUGGGAUAUGUGGCAGAUGUUGCCAGAGCCCUGGACUACAUCCACAGACUGAGGAUCUACCACCAGGACAUAAAGCCGGCCAACAUCUUCCUCGACGGCGACGGAAGAGCAGCUCUGGGAGACUUCGGACUGGCGCGGAGACUGAAGGACGGAGAGAAGAAGGUGACCAGCUGGGUGUCUACCUGCGGCUUCUACGGGCCUGAGACUAGGACAGGACGGUGCAUGUGUCCCUUCAAGCUCGACAUGUACAGUCUUGGGGUCACCAUGUGCCUGCUGGUCUACAGAUGCUUUCCGUUGGGAUUGGACCCCCUGACCACCACGGACCAGUGCCGUGACGUCAAGCCGUCGUACAGGAAAGUUCUUCGCCACCUGUUGGAGCCGGAGCCCCGGCUACGUUUGAACGCCUCCACCUUCCUCCGCGUCGCCUCCGUGCUCUGUCCCUCUAGGCCACCUCAGUAG